AGCAGGUCGAGAAUAAGCACCGGCUGGAGAAGAAGCCCAGCUGGCUGAAGGACCCGAGGCUGGUGGAGACCGAGGAGAAGGAGGUCCUCAGAGUGAAGACGGACGAAAACUUGGCCAACUGGGUGUCGUCGGGGCAGCAAAGCCAGCGGCCCACGAUUCGAGUCAACGUCUACCCUAGACCUCACCUCCAGUCGCAGUGGUCCAUCUGCCACCACUCGGUCGGUGUCAUUAACGAGCUGGCGAAGAUGGGCGACCCAAACGUCCUGGAAAUGGUGCAGGAGGAAGAGAGAAUGUCCAAUAUAGAAACAGAAUAUGUUUUCGGAAUGAAUGAGCAGUCCCUGAGCAGCAGAGAGACGAGCUUUCUCAUCAGUGAAGAACCAGCGUCUGCAAAGCGAUUCAAUUUGUUCCUGAGACGACGUCUUAUGUUUAAAAAAGAUGAACAAAGCAAAGAUUCUAUCUUCUUCCGAGAUGGGAUUAGGCAAAUUGAUUUUGUGCUCUCGUAUGUUGAUGACAUAAAGAAAGAAGCGGAAUUAAAGGCGGAAAGGAGAAAAGAAUUUGAACAAAAUCUCAGAAAAACAGGUCUUGAGUUGGAAGUUGAAGACAAAAGGAACUCUGAAGAUGGAAGGACUUAUUUUGUCAAGAUCCAUGCCCCUUGGGAGGUACUAGUUACUUACGCUGAAGUGCUGGGAAUCAAAAUGCCUAUUAAGGAGAGUGAUAUUCCUCCAGCUGAGAAUAUCCCCUAUAUGCUUGGGCCUCUGAAGCUCCCAAAGAAUGUGAGGCACCCUCAUCCUGAAUAUUUCACUGCCCAAUUCACCAGACAUCGGCAGGAACUCUUCCUCAUUGAAGACGAGUCAAGCUUCUUUCCAUCCUCAUCAAGAAACAGAAUUGUUUAUUAUAUUCUCUCACGGUGUCCUUUUGGCAUAGAAGAUGGGAAGAAAAAGUUUGGGAUUGAAAGACUGCUAACUUCUAAUACUUACUCAUCUGCCUAUCCACUCCAUGAUGGUCAGUAUUGGAAGCCUUCAGAACCUCCCAAUCCUGUCAACGAGAGGUACAUACUUUGCCAGAAUUGGGCCCGCUUUUCCUAUUUUUACAAGGAGCAGCCUUUAGAUUUGGUUAGGAAUUAUUUUGGAGAAAAAAUUGCCAUGUAUUUUGUCUUUCUUGGAUUUUACACCGAAAUGCUGUCCUUUGCAGCUAUAGUUGGCUUAGCUUGUUUCAUUUACGGCUUAUUAUCAAUGGAUGGUAACUCAAGCAGCACUGAGAUCUGUGACCCUACAAUUGGAGGUCAGAUUAUCAUGUGUCCACUCUGUGAUCAAGUGUGUGAUUAUUGGAGACUAAAUACCACGUGUUUGGCUUCAAAGAUCUCCCAUUUAUUUGAUAACGAGUCAACAGUGUUCUUUGCAAUAUUCAUGGGAAUUUGGGUCACAUUGUUUUUGGAGUUUUGGAAACAGCGACAGGCCAGAAUGGAAUAUGAGUGGGACCUGGUGGAUUUCGAAGAGGAGCAACAACAGCUCCAGCUGAGACCGGAAUUUGAAGCGAUGUGUAAACACAGGAAGAUGAAUGCAGUGACUAAGGAGAUGGAACCUUACAUGCCUCUAUGUAGUCGUCUUCCAUGGUACUUUUUAUCAGGAGCUACGGUGACAUUAUGGAUGGCCCUUGUCAUUGCGUGUAUGGUAGCUGUGAUUGUGUACCGCCUGUCAGUGUUUGCUACAUUCGCUAGCUUCAUGGAAAGUGAAGCAUCCUUCAAGCAUGUCAAAAGUUUCCUCACUCCCCAGAUAACCACGUCACUCAGUGGAUCCUGCUUGAACUUUAUCGUCAUCUUGAUCUUGAAUUUCUUUUAUGAAAAGAUAUCUGCAUGGAUUACAAAAAUGGAAAUUCCUCGAACCUACCAGGAAUAUGAGAGCAGUCUUACCUUGAAAAUGUUCCUGUUUCAGUUUGUGAAUUUUUACUCGUCCUGCUUCUAUGUAGCUUUCUUUAAAGGGAAGUUCGUGGGCUAUCCCGGAAAAUACACAUACUUGUUUAAUGUGUGGAGAAGUGAAGAGUGUGAUCCUGGAGGCUGUCUAAUAGAAUUGACAACCCAGUUGACCAUCAUAAUGACUGGGAAACAGAUCUUCGGAAAUGUCAAAGAAGCCAUUUAUCCUAUGGUUCUGAAUUGGUGGAGACGUCGAAAAGCUCGGACCAACUCUGAAAAGCUGUACAGUAGAUGGGAGCAGGAUCAUGACCUUGAAACUUUUGGAUCUCUUGGGCUAUUCUAUGAGUAUUUAGAAACAGUUAUCCAGUUUGGAUUUGUUACAUUAUUUGUGGCCUCUUUUCCUCUGGCUCCUCUUCUUGCUCUCUUGAAUAAUAUUAUAGAGAUCCGAGUGGAUGCCUGGAAACUUACAACUCAGUACAGGAGACCCGUUGCUGCUAAAGCUCACAGCAUAGGUGUUUGGCAAGACAUUCUUUACGGAAUGGCUGUCCUUUCUGUUGCAACUAAUGCUUUUAUUGUUGCAUUUACAUCGGACAUCAUUCCCCGUUUAGUUUACUACUAUGCCUACUCAACAGAUGCCACUGAGCCCAUGAGAGGAUAUGUCAACGACAGCCUGUCAACAUUCCUCAUAGCUGAUUUUCCAAACCACACGGCACCUUCGGAAAAACGAGACUUCAUCACUUGCAGGUACAGAGAUUACAGAUACCCUCCUGAUCAUGAUCAGAAAUAUUUUCAUAAUAUGCAGUACUGGCAUGUCCUCGCUGCCAAGAUGACCUUCAUCAUUGUUAUGGAACAUGUUGUGUUUUUAGUUAAAUUUUUGUUGGCCUGGAUGAUCCCUGAUGUUCCAAAAGAUGUUCUGGACAGAAUCAAGCGAGAAAAGUUAAUGACUAUCAAGAUUCUCCAUGACUUUGAGCUUAACAAAUUAAAAGAGAACUUGAGAAUUAAUUCUAGUGAACUUGCCAAACAAGUCUUGAUUCAGGAAAACAAAGCACAACUGGCUAAAUCAGCAGUCUAAUCAACAUACUGAGCAAGCAACUGGUUGCCUGUCUGGCUUCAGGAUUUUCCCUGGGUUUUGGGCUAGAGGCCAGAAGGCAUGUGUCAAUUUCACCCCACCUCCUCUUCCUUCUUUUUUAAUUCAAAGUUUUUGUACACUUCUACAGAGGCCACCUUUGUGAGAUUGGAAGAAUACCACUUGUCUGCUUCAUUGGCUGAGCUCUCCCCAGAUAUUGUUUUCUGGAGUUCUAGAAAUGAUUGUUAAAAGGGCAUGUUGAAUCAGAAUAUUGGAAAAUCAUGGAAUGUUGCAGUUUAGAAUUAAACACUGGACUUGGGCUGCCGCAUCACAUUCCAGUGCAUCUGCACAUUUUCAUGGUCUUCUAUUGGGUUGUUUUAUAACUCCUUCCCAUCAAGAAAAAUGUUGGGACAAAAAGAAAGGAAGUGAAGAGGCCCCCUGAGCCAUGUAUAUCCUGCCAUCGCAGACUAUGUGAAUGAAAAACCAAAAUCAGAUAACUUAAGAAAACUCACAUAUUAAAAAUGUUGGGUAGAUAUCAUGGCAUGGGUUUGUUCCUGAAAUCAUCCUGAGUAAGUUAAGUUAAACUUCCAUCAGAAUCCCAGAUUCCCCUUCCAGGUCAAUGCAGAAUUGAUUUUUCAAGAGACUGAACAUUUGGGUUUCAACAAAAGACUAACAACUCUGUUCUUUAAAGACAACAUUUUGGUAACAGUAGUUUCAAGGCUGGAUUGUCUUAUCUGGAAAACAGCAUUAAGAAGUUGUUAGGUUGCUUCAGUUCUUCAAGUAAAUGAAAGAGAUUGUAGAGAAGUAAAUGUGUCUUCUUAGUAGUUAACAAAUGCAAGACAAUGAAUAUUGAUUAAUUUAUUGACCUCAAUCUGAAAAAAUGGUUGAAUUAUUUUUAAAAAUCAUUUUUCUUCUAUAAUGCGUAUUUUGCAUCAUGAAGCCUGUUUGAGUAUUAGCUCUUUGUAUAAGUUAGGUACAAGUUGUUUAUGAAAUUUGAUCUCUCUGUUUAAAGCAAUCUUGAAUCUUUUAAUGAGUUUACACUGUUUUCUAUUGAUGCAUCAUUUCAUACAAGCUCAGUGCCUUCUCCCUAUGCCUUUGACACACAAGAAGUGGUUGUGCUGUUCAUCUGACGUGAUGUGACAUCUCAAAUAUUAGCUUGUUUUAGAGAAAUUGUCAAUUUAACAUCAGUCACAGAGUUUAACACCAAAAGUAGAUCAACCAAGUAAGAAGGGGGUGAUGGAUUUGAUAGCUAAGUGGGAUAAAAUUAAUUGCAUUAUUUCUCUCAUACUUAGGCCCAUGGCACAUGUAUACCAGUUCUUCUUUCUCUUAAAAAAAAAAAGGUAUAUAUUUUUAACACUAUAAAGUGAGAGAUACUGUUCAGAUAUAGUACUUGCAUCUCUAGCUUCAAAUUACACUUCAGUUCCAAAAGAAUAGUGUUUUUUUAAUUGCAUACCAAAGAAGAAACUUUAUCACAAGAUAUUUUUUAAAGCAGUUUCAUUAUUUGAUACUAAUACAUUUUUGUAGAAUUGCCAAUAUUAAGUUUAUGGCAGGUAGUAUUAAUUAAUGAUCGAUAUUAAGCAUGUAGAAAUGAGGAUUAUGAAUUUUACAAAACCAUGAGACAGUUACCCCAAUAUUGGCAGUAAUGACUUGUCAUCCACUGGGUAGAUUUUAUAAAAAACAUUUUUGUGUAAUUUAAAAUGAUCUCAUAUUAAAGAAUGAUUUCAUAGGAGGAGGAGACCUAUUUCUUGCUUGAGAACACCAGUCAGUGUUACUAUGAAAUAAGCCACAGAUGCAGUGUCUUUGGCUUGUCAUAUCAAACUCUGUGUUACUACAGUGUUGUCCCUUUGCACAGUUCAUACAUAUUGCUUUCUUCCUAGGUGCUAAUAAAAAUAAGGAAGAGUAUGGAAAUUGGUUUCUUGGAUAUAAGUUUUAGUUUGUAUGGCUUAACAGUAUUUAUAGACCUAGAGUGUUAAGAUAAAUAAAGACAAAUUUAAUUCAAAGUUAUCUGUACACUGCAAUCUUAAAAACAAACCAACUCCAGCAUCAGGUUUCUAGAAUAUAUGGAGAAAUAGCAAGAGAGGAAAUAGUUUUAAGACAAGUAAAUAGUUCCUAUGAUUGGUAGAUAUUUCCUUUUAAAAUGUUAUUGACAAAUACUUUGUAUUCAUGUUUCCAUUUUCUACCAAGAAAUUUCUCCUUGUUUCACAGAUUUUAAAAUGAAAUACAAGUAUUCCUCCCUUUCAUAAAAGCUUGCUAACCAAAAUCUAAAGCCAAAUCAAUUCGGGUAGAUUUGGCUUAUCUAAUUAAACUCAUGUUAUUAUGGGAGAGCUGAAUUAAGAGCACCUGACUACCAAAUGUAAGUUGAUAUUUAUCAUCAUGGCUGAUGUUUUUAUCAUCCGAUCAAACCCAUACUUAUUUUUUUCAGAAAUGUCCCAGGAAACAUUGGGAUUUUGAGAUUUUAUUUGAAAUAAUUUUAAGUGCAAAAAUAAAACAAAAAUUACAUAAUUCUUUCAAAUGUCAUCUCUAAUCCUUUCCUUCAUUAGUUUUUCUUUGCACACAAGAAGCAGAAUCCUCUUCAAAACAUUUAUUUUAGAGGAAUCCAUCAAGAAGGGAAUAUCUUAAUUAGAUGGAAUGCUGUCCUAUUUUUGCUGCAUCUCAUGACUCCUCUUGGCUUUAACAUUCUUCUCUUAACUAAGCCAUUAAGCAAGUUAUCAAGAAGAUGGAAAGAAGUUGAUAAAGAAGAGGAGGGACAGAGAAUGAAUGAGAUAAAGAGUUCUGUCCUUAUAAAGCUAUGCAUGCUUCCAUGGGAAAGACAUUUGUGGAGACAGCAUGGUGCAGCUGUGGGUGGUAAGAGGAACGUCUCCCCUAAGCCAUCUUAGGAUGAGAGGAAGCCAAAGAAGUUUCAAGUUGAAAACUGUUCCAGGUCAAAAGUAAAACUUGGAUUCCCAAGUGAUUUUGUACUGUCAGGUGCCAUGUGCAGCUGUGAAUCUCUGUUGAUUGACUCCAGUCGAGGGUGAGGAGUUUGUACUGCUCAUUCAAAAGGGGAAUCUACUGUUUUGAAAGAACCUCCCUAUAAUAGUUGUUUUUAAUUAGCAAUAGUUAUUAUGUUAUCAAAGAAUGUUAACAGGGAAAAAAGCAUUUCCAGAAGUACCAUUGGCUAGGCUUUGAAGUCUGCUACCAUGAUUCACUAUAACUAUUACGUUAUUCUUUUUCUAGACAAAUUUUUACUCUUCUGCUUUAUGUGUGAUAAUUCAAGUAUGUCUGUUAUUCCAGCACUAUGUAAAACUUCAUGAGAAUAUUAAAAAGAAUAGCACAGUUCAAUGUAUAUGAGAUACCUUCUUCCAUUCCCCCCCGAAAACAUUUGACUAAGAAUGUCUUUCCUAUAAGUGAUUUUGUGCCAUGGUUAACCAAGAAAAUAAGUACUCCUUUUUCUUUUCUUUCUUCCAUUUUUUUCCCUCCUCCAAGGUGAUGUAUAUGGAGUUACGCAGGGGAAGUUGCUCUUUAGUAACAUGUAUGUAAAUCUCAAGAUUCAAACUCAUACAGUGAAUAAAGUAAUACUUUGACAUGAA